AUGUUAAAGGAUAACCAACUAUAUGCUAAGUUGUCUAAAUACGAGUUUUGGGAGAAGGAAGUGAAAUUCUUGGGGCACGUAGUAAAGGCAGAGGGAAUAACAGUCGAUCCAGCUAAGGUGGAAGCAGUAUCCAAGUCGGAACAGCCCACUACAGUGACCGAAGUUUGGAGUUUCCUAGGCAUGGCUGGAUAUUAUCGACGCUUUAUUAAGGAAUUCUCCAGAAUCGCACGGUCGCUCACUCAACUGACGAAGAAGAACGGCCGGUUCUCAUGGGACGAGAAUGUAGAGGCAGCGUUCCAGGAGUUGAAGAUGAGAUUAACUUCUGUGUCGGUGCUCACUCUCCCACAAGAAGGGGAGAAGUUCGUGGAAGAGAUGGGGACAAAGCUCAAGUUUAGUACCGCAUUCCAUCCUCAGAUUGACGGACAAAAUGAGAGGGUAAAUCAGAUCUUGGAAGACAUGUUGAGAGCUUGCGUUCUAGACUUUCAGGCUAACUAG